AUGGAGCCUCGCAGCAGCGCGUUGACCAGCGCCGGCGCCUCCAUGAUCAUGAAUCGAUCCAAAAUGCCGCAGACGCUGACGCUGGAUCACGUGUCGCCAGCCACGCGCUUGCUGGAGAAGCGCCGGCAGAUGUUCGAGGUGCAGGAGGCGCUGGACGCCCAGAAGGAGGAGUUCGCGCGCCGCGAGGAUGCCUUCCACCGCCGGGAGGAGGGGCUGCGCAAGAAGGACCUGGAGCUGCAGGAGUCGCUCAUCAAGUUCAACAAGUUCCUGCAGGAGAACGAGUCCAAGCGCAACCGCGCCGUCAAGCGCGCGAGCGACGAGGUCAAGCAGCGCAUGAACAAGGAGCAGGAGGUGGCGAGGCUGCAGACGCAGCUCGCGGCGCUGCAGCGUGAGAGCGACGCACUCGGCGCGCAGGUGCGUCACCACCUCAAGUACACGCGCUACCUCGAGCUGGUGCAGGAGGCCGUGCCCGAGGACUACCCGGAAGUGAGCGACUUGGUGAACCGCUACCACACGCUGCGCGAGACGAACCGCGAUCUGAGCCAGAACCAGAUCACGCACGAAGAGGAAAGUGAGUCCAAGCGGCUCGAGUUCGCGGCCUUCCAGAAGGAGCGCGCCAACGAGAUCCUUACCUUCAACAACCGCAUCGCCGCGCUUCAACGAGCCCUUGAGCGGGAGGAGUUGCUGGGCGUCCGACUGCAGCACGAGACCGACGCGAGUCUUCGAGCGACUACACAGAAAACACUGGCGUUAGGUCAGAUCAUCAUGGCGAUCGGCAACCUCCUGCAGCGGUGUACCAGCGGCAUCCACGGCCAGAUUCUCAAGCACGUCGAGGGGAGUUACCACGCCCAGGGCAGCAACCAGUCCGGCAAUGACAUUCCUGCGUCUUCCGCUGCGUCUGCAAAUACUGGUGGUGGUAAGACAGCGAGUGGGAUCUCCGAGGCGGAUGUGAUUCACCACGGCCAGCGUGCGAUGAUCGAUCUUGACGUCGUCGCGGCGUACAUGAUGGACUUCACUGCUAUUGUACAAGGUCGAAUCGACGCACAACGAGCUCAGAAGAAGGCGGCUGCUGCUGCUGCAGCCGCAGCACAAUCAGGAGGAGCCGUAGUUAUCUUCACAGCCGGGAUAGGAGACGGAAGUCACACGGGGGGGGCAAUGUCCUCGAUUGGAGGCGGCUCAACUGCUACAAUUCGAUAA